AUUAACUACCACAAGUGGACUGGACUCGCCUAUAUUUGGCAUCAACCAAGGUUAUACCUCUUCUUCUACUAUGAAAAAAAGAAAGAAAGAGGGGAGCCGGUAACGACUUUCUCGCUCCAUUUUGUGGAAACCAGCUCUCUCCCUCCCUCGCAUUUCGCUCGGAUCUCAAAACUGUCUAUGCUUGCUUUCUUUCUUUCCUUCCAUCCAAAUUCCUGAUUCCUUCCACAACAAUAACAGCUCGGCAUCGAGAGCGAGCGCUCCCUUUCUCCUUCUCUAUUCGCUCUCGAUCCGUCGAGCCAUUAUUCUACACUUUCUGCAUCAACAUAUUAUGUUGUAGUUUGUUCGCCAUUUUGAACCGCAACUACGACAACCACGAAUAAGAGGAGUAAUCGGAGAUGGAGAACAUCGCGGCGCAAUUGAAGCGGGGGAUAUCGAGGCAAUUCUCGACGGGGUCGCUGAGGCGGACCUUUAGCCGACAGUUCACGCGCCAAUCCUCGCUGGAUCCCCGCAGGAACAACCUCCGCUUUAGCUUUGGCCGACAGUCCUCUCUCGAUCCCAUCCGAAGGAGUCCCGCCCAGGAUGAGCUCUCUGUUCCAGAGAACCUCGAUUCCACCAUGCAGCUCCUCUUCUUGGCCUGCCGUAACGACGUCAGGGGCGUUGAUGACUUGUUGAAUGACGGCGUCGAUGUCAAUAGUAUCGAUUUGGAUGGACGCACUGCCCUCCACAUCGCCGCUUGCGAAGGUCACGUGGAGGUCGUCAAGCAUCUCCUUAGCCGGAAGGCUAAUAUUGAUGCUCGUGAUCGUUGGGGGAGUACGGCAGCUGCGGAUGCCAAGUAUUAUGGGAACGCUGAAGUUUACAAUAUUUUGAAGGCCCGUGGAGCCAAAGUCCCGAAAACCAGGAGGACACCAAUGGCUGUCGCAAAUCCUCGUGAAGUUCCAGAGUACGAACUGAAUCCAUUGGAGCUUCAAGUCCGGAAGUCUGAUGGUAUCUCAAAGGGAACAUAUCAAGUGGCUAAAUGGAAUGGCACAAAGGUUUCUGUGAAGAUACUUGAUAAGGAUGGUUAUUCAGAUCCUGAUAUCAUAAAUGCUUUCAAACAUGAACUAACACUAUUGGAAAAGGUCCGGCAUCCUAAUGUUGUUCAGUUUGUUGGAGCUGUUACCCAAAAUAUACCGAUGAUGAUUGUUUCAGAGUAUCAUGCAAAAGGUGACUUGGGAAGCUAUCUUCAAAAGAAAGGGCGACUUUCACCAUCUAAAGCUUUAAGAUUUGCUCUUGACAUUGCCAGGGGCAUGAAUUAUCUUCACGAAUGUAAGCCGGAUCCAAUCAUUCACUGUGAUUUAAGGCCAAAAAAUAUUUUGCUGGAUAGUGGAGGUCAGUUGAAGGUAGCUGGAUUUGGCGUGAUAAAGUUGUCAAAAAUAUCAUCUGACAAAGCAAAGCUAGCGCAUCCAGAUUCUCAAAUUGACCAUUCAAACUUGUACUUGGCCCCAGAGAUUUUCAAAGAUGAAAUAUUUGAUAGAGGCGUUGAUGCAUAUUCUUAUGGUCUUGUUUUAUAUGAGAUGAUUGAGGGAGUGCAGCCUUUCCAUCCCAAGCCCCCUGAAGAGGCUCUAAAAUUGCUGUGUUUGGAGGAAAAGAGACCGCAAUUCAAAAUCAAAUCAAGAAGUUAUCCUCCAGAUCUAAAAGAGUUGAUUGAGGAAUGUUGGGAUCCAGAACCAGUUGUUAGGCCAACUUUUUCUCAGAUCAUUGUACGUUUGGACAAAAUAGUUGCCAACUGCUCAAAACAGGGAUGGUGGAAAGACACUUUCAAGUUUCCUUGGAAAUAGAGAAGGUACUUGGUAAAUGGUAACCUCAGAAGAGAAGAUAAGUUUCACGAACUCAAGUUUCCAUGUCAUAAUGUUGCAAAUAUGUAAGUUGGGUCAAAGGCAAAGCAAAUGAGUUUGUCCCACAUUCUUUGUUCAGCAGUGAAGGAGCUGGAAACAGUUCCUGUGUAAAAUAUGUGGGAAAGUUCCAUUUUGUAUUCAUCUGUUUGCCUAGAAAGCUGAAGAAUAAUAAUGUACUGAUUACGGCAUUCAGAAUUCCUAAUCGCAUCUCCUGAUUUUUAGUUCAACAUGAAAGACCAUACUUGUUUUA